UUGUAAUUUUUUGUUUUUCCUGGAUGGGAUACAAAUACUGCGUAUAAACCAGAACAUGUACACGUACAGGCGCAGCGCGUGGGCAGACAAUUAUAGGGGAUAACACAAUGACAGCCAACACUGGACAGGGAUGGGAAAGCAAUCUGGUGCUACGUGGACCAAUCAAAGCUUCUAGAACUCUAUCUAAUCUAAAACUCUCAUGCUCCUUUAUCCAGUUCCACGUCCAUCCCAUAUCCGGAGCAAAACCAUUUCCCUCCACUCAUCACAAAGCCACCACAAUAACCCACUGCCGCUUACCAAAACCCAACAAGAGAGGAAGAGCUCCGAGAGUAGAUAGAGAGAGAGAGAGAGAGAGAGAGAGAGAGAGAGAGAUGGCAUCAACUGCAUGCUUCCUCCACCACCAUGCACCCUCCACCUCGAGAACUCCACCACGUCCAAUGCCAAGCAUCAGGCCCACCCGGCUGGUCUGCAGGGCGCAGAAGCAGGCAGGCCAAGAAGACGAGAGCAACACAGUGGUCUCACGUCGGUUAGCUCUGACAGUACUCGUCGGCACUGCUGCUACCAGUGUGAAGGUCUCACCUGCCGAUGCUGCCUAUGGAGAAACAGCUAAUAUCUUUGGGAAGCCAAAGACAAAUACAGAUUUCUUUUCAUACAAUGGCAAUGGAUUCAAGUUGAUGAUACCAUCAAAGUGGAACCCAAGCAAAGAGGUGGAGUAUCCUGGUCAAGUGAUGAGGUGGGAAGACAACUUUGACCCCAACAGCUACGUUGCCGUCAUGGUCACACCCACGCCAAAGAAAUCCAUCACUGACUACGGCAGCCCUGAGGAAUUUAUCUCACAAGUUGAUUACUUGCUAGGGAAACAGGCCUACUCUGGCAAAACAGAUGCUGAGGGUGGGUUCGACCAGGAUGCUGUAGCAACAGCCAACAUAUUGGAAAGCUCCACACCGGUGGUAGGUGGGAAACAAUACUACUACAUCUCAGUUUUGACAAGGACAGCAGAUGGAGAUGAGGGUGGGAAGCACCAGCUUAUAAUGGCAACAGUUUCAGAUGGUAAGCUAUACAUCUGCAAGGCACAAGCUGGUGACAAGAGAUGGUUCAAGGGUAGCCGAAAGUUUGUGGAGAGUGCAGCCAAUUCCUUCAACGUUGCAUAAGAAAGAGGUUGUGUGACACUUGUUGUGUAAAUGAGUUGAAUGCAAUUAGAACUGGCAUCUUUAGGAUCAGAAUGUGUUUAAUGUGAGUUGUCUGAUAAGAGGAUGGUACAUGAGAUUUCAAAGUGUCAGACAAGCAAUUUAAUCUUAAAGAUCUUAGAGAACUCUCUAUGUUGUGUCCCUAAAUGCUUAGCAAUGGAAAAUGUUAUGAGUCCAA